CCCAUACCUUACCCAUAUUGCUUUACAAUCUUGUCCCAAGCAAGGGAAACUUAUCUAUAUAAACUUGCUUUGUCUCUAUGACACUUAUAGCUCCAGAUGCUCAUGAACUUCUAUUCUAAUUUCUUUAUAUUUCUUGUUAGAAAAGUUCCUUGUUUUAUCCAUGAAUAGAAGAAACCUGAAGAGGAACAGGAGCCUUUUGGUAGCAAGAAAGAAAGUAAAGUUGGCUUCAUUUUCAAUGCAAAGAAAUCUUUAUGCCUUAAGAAGGAUGAUUCCAGGUUGUGCGGAAGUUGACGAAGAAGCCUUGUUUCAGAAGUCCAUUGAGCAUAUUCUGAUGCUAAAAUUGCAACUUGGAAUUCUUAAGAGUCUCUUGAAGUUUUAUGAGAGCUAAGUAAGACCUAUGUAUUUUGUUGACCACUCAUUAGCUUGGCAUCAAUUGUAUAAAAAGUUAUGUAAGUUCUGAAGUUAUUUCCACAAAGUAUCGUUAUCUUUUUAUAUAUAUUAGAUUUUGAUUGGGUGAAAAGCAUGUCAUUUAUAUAUUGAAAUUAAGAAAUUUCCAAACCCAUUUGUUAUUUAGCCAAUGAACCAUUUCAUGAACGAACG